GAGCGCGCGCGCAGGCAGGCAGGCAGGCAGGCAGAAGCAUCAUCAUCAUCAUCAUCAUCAGCAGCAGCAGCAUGACUUCAGCAUGACUCCAGCAGUCUCAGUGUAGUGUAGUGUAGUGUAGUGCUGUUUCUGCUCCUCGUUCUCAAAGACAAGCUGCAGGAUGGCCGAGUCUUUUUUACAGAUAGAUGAUGAGGACAAAGGGUAUGCGCUGAGCCUCUUUUGUAUACCCAAACAUUACGAAGAAGACUUGGACAGUGUAAUCAUUCCCAAUGGUCUUAUUAAGGAUCGGACUGAGCGCUUGGCCAGAGACAUUGUUCGUGAUAUGGGCGGGCAACAUAUUGUGGCUCUGUGCGUGCUGAAAGGAGGCUAUACAUUCUUCGCAGACCUGAUGGAUUACAUUAAGACACUGAAUCAGAACAGUGACAAGUCUGUGCCGCUGACUGUGGAUUUCAUUAGGCUAAAGAGUUACUCCAAUGACCAGUCGACAAACAGUGUAAAGGUUAUUGGAGGGGACGAGUUGACUGCUCUCACUGGAAAGAAUGUGCUUGUGGUUGAGGACAUUAUAGAGACUGGGAAGACAAUGGAAACUCUGCUGACAUUAUUAAAUGGAUUUCAACCCAAGAUGGUGAAAGUAGCCAGCCUACUUGUGAAAAGGACACCAAGAAGCUCAGGAUAUCGUCCUGAUUACGUCGGUUUCGAGGUUCCUGAUAAAUUCCUAGUGGGAUACGCCCUAGACUACAACGAAUAUUUCAGGGAUUUGAAUCACAUCUGUAUAUUAAGCGACCAAGCGAAAGAAAAAUACAAAGUAUGAACAUUGGAGUAUGAAAUGCCGGAUGCAUGAAGACUGAGACCACUGUGACCCUGUUCUAUCUCAGUUGCGUUUCCACGUUAUAUUUUUCUCCUUUUUUUUUUUCCCCUGAAGGAGUGUGAACUUCGCUUAAAAGGCCAAAGAUGUUGGAGAAUCGAUGUUGGAUUGGAGACUGGGAAAUAUGUUCCAGUUUGUUUUCUGUUGUAUUUUGUUUACAGUUAGGAGGCCUGGAUUAGUUUGUGUUAGUAACCUAGAAAUAUGACAUUAUUCGAGUUUUAUGAGUACGCUUUUAUUUAUUUCUAUCGAGGCCUUAGAAUGUACUUGAUUGACAACGAAAUGUUAUAAAAAGACAAUGUCAGUUAUAUGGCAGUAAUUAAAAAAAGAAACUUUAUUUAGAGUUAUGAAUUCACUGCAUGGUUACAGUAUGUUUCUUUAAAUACAAAUGGUAAAGUACAUUAUUAUGUACAAAAGAAAAAAACGUUUUUAUUUGUUCGGAAAAUCAGGAUCAUCCUGUAAUAACACGGAGACCUCCUGAAUUAAUGCAAUAAAGUAAUCCUAAUGUC